GAGAUUCCGCAGAACAGAAGCUGACAGCACAUGUCUAAUCGUAAGGUACAGCACACGCAGUCUUGACGAUUACAUAUCUCGUCAUCCUUCCGUAAAUCGGCUCCGGCACGUCAUCCUUCAGCUUGAACCUUUUCCUAUUUAUUUCCACCUCCCGCACCCUCGUCCACCAUCGAUCUACCCCACUCAGCCGUCAAGCUGUCUCAACAAACACCCCUCCGUCUCCUCGCCACCGCAGCCUCCACGCGGACCCUACUGCCCAGGACGGCAGGCUCGCAGCGACUCGAUUCCCUGUCCCGACACUUCGCCUCCAGCUCCUCCAUCAUGGCGCCCAUCCAGAAAGAGUGCGACUACCUGGUCAUUGGCGGUGGAUCCGGCGGAUUGGCCAGCGCGAGGCGUGCGAGUGGCAUUUACGGACAAAAGACCAUUGCGGUCGAGAACAAGCGUCUGGGAGGCACCUGUGUGAACGUGGGAUGUGUGCCGAAGAAGGUGACAUGGAACGCCGCCUCGAUCCGGGAGACGAUUCAUGAGGCGAAGAACUAUGGCUUCAGCGUGGAAGAGACGAAGCCGUUUGACUGGAAUUAUUUCAAGAACAAGCGAGAUGCGUAUGUCAAGAGACUGAAUGGGAUCUAUGAGAAGAACUUGAAGAAUGACAAGGUGGAGUACUUGCACGGCACGGCCACUUUCAAGGAUCCUCAUGUGGUCACGGUCACGCUUGAUGAUAAGACGGAGAUCGACAUCAAGGCGAAGAAGAUUCUGGUCGCCGUAGGAGGAUACCCCAAUUUGCCUCCCGUGGAGGGCGCCGAGCUGGGCAUCACAUCCGACGGAUUCUUCGAGCUGGAGCACCAGCCGAAGAGGGUAGCCGUCGUGGGCGCCGGCUACAUUGCCAUUGAAAUGGCGGGCAUGUUUCACGCUCUUGGCACCGAAACGCAUCUCUUCAUCCGCCAGGACAAGUUCCUUCGAACUUUCGACCCGAUGAUUCAGGAUAAGGUGGUGGCCGAGUACGAGCGACAAGGAAUCAUCCUCCAUAAGAACUCCUCCCAAUCCAAGCUCGAGGACGCCGGCAAUGGCAAGAAGACGCUGCACUACAAGGACUCCAACGGCGAGGGCAAGCUCGAAGUCGACACAGUGCUCUGGGCCAUCGGCCGUGCUCCCGAGCUCGAAAAGCUCAACCUCGAAGCAUCCGGCGUCAAGACCAAUGACAAGAAGCACAUUCCCGUGGACGACUACCAAAACACCAACGUCGAGCACAUCUUCGCCCUCGGCGACGUGUGCGACAAGGGCUUCGAAUUGACUCCUGUCGCCAUCGCCGCAGGCCGCAAACUCGCCGACCGUGUCUUCGGCGGCAAGAAGGACGCCCGACUCGAGUAUGAGAACAUCCCGUCCAUCGUCUUCG